GGAAUGCAACCAAUAGGCUUACUUCGCGAAAAUCGCUAGAUCUACACCCGCGCGGAUUGAUUAUAGAAAAGUACUCAGCUGCGCAUCCGGUCUAUGACUAGAGUCGAGGACAUCCGAAACGGUCUGAUGAACACGUCACCCGUAAUGGCGGAUUGCGAAACCGAGAGUGAACCGGCUCCGACUCGAGGUUAAAUUUUCCAUCGAGAACUUUAGCUCAGGACUCUGGCCCUUUGAUUUCGAAGAUCGUGCGUAACGAUAAUUAAUGUGAGUAAUUAGGGUGAUGAUGGGAGAAUACCGAUGAAAUAGUGCGUUUUUGUGGAAAACUGGUGAUCAUACGCACUCGAUUAGGCGUGUGGAUCCAAUUAGAUUAUGACCGGGGGCUCAGCUUGUGAGGUGUGACUCGGAUCUCGGGUUGAAACAAUUUUUCCCACCGUCAGCUAGUUGUUGUAAGCUCAUUUAGGUUGGAUAGAUAUUACUAAUUACCAAGGCAGAUGUUAGUGUACCUAGAACAAGCUGACGUCCGACGAUCGAUGAGGGGCAUUUAAAUAGGCACCUGUACCGGGAGCUGCCGUCAGUUUGAGUUGCGCGAUUCGUUGUGCUCGGAUUACUUUCCAUAAUUGGGAUAAUAUUGGUUAACAAAUUAGUGAAAAAAGUGUCAACAACGGUCUCAUAAUGAGUUUGAAUUAUACUAAACCAGUUUUGUUGUGUGUUGGACUGUUUCUGGUACUUGGAAUGUGCAGUGUGCAAGGAGCAGCGAUCCGUGAAAAACGGCAGUUGAAUUCUUUGUUGACUCUUACUGGAGACUCAAAUGCACGGAUUGAAAAUGGCACCAUCAUCUGCGACACUUUGACCUGUCCGCCAGAAUCGUUCAAGUGUAUCAUCGUCAAGAAUAACACCGAGAAGGACAUCAACAAGAUUGAGGUGACGCGCGAGUGCCUUGACCCGGCCGGUAAGGCAACCGCCAAAACAGUGGAGUACGAGCCGAACAAGUUCCCCAACGGCAAAUACGAAAGCUAUGCUGAAAUUGAUAAGAACGGAAAUAUUGCCUCGUUCGACAAUCGGGGCAACGCGUACAACCAUUCCGGCAGUGGCGAUGUGCACUCGUACCUGUACCAGCAGAUCGAGGACCUGCACAAAGCGAUUCUGGACCAGCUGCACAAUGCCGGCACGGGAACACCGCUGCGGAUUCCAUGAGCUGCCGGAAACGAUCGAAUGAAUCCCGUUACAUUAGGUUAAGCACCGCGCAUUUGCAAUGAAUACUUCAAGGUUAUACCCGAUUCCAUAUUGGGAACCGCUUCCGAGGAGGGUUCUGGAAAAAGAUAAUUAAUUUGUGAUGGUAGGAGUGAAACGUUUGUUUAACAGGCGCGUGAGAACUUUCUCACGACUAUAUUUACAACACAAUCGUCGUGGAACAUGAUACCCCACUGAACCAAACAUCACGCAGCCUGAAAUCGAAUACGUAUGACGAUUGUUAGUUCGUUUUGUUUCAAUCAAUCUUGUUACGGAUGUUGCUAGCACGCGAAUCGGUUGUAAACUAAACUAAUUGUGAUAUGUAGAUGCAUAAAUUGGACCUAAAUGGUAACAUUUCCGAACAA